AUGACCAUGACUCUAAAGCAGCAGGAUUCUUUCUCUGGCCGCGCUCAUCACCAACAGGUGUUUCCAGCUUUCAGUGGCGCGCAAAACGGCACUCUGAGGUUCUCUGAAUCUUCAAUGGGAUGGUGCCAGUCACUUACCCGGACGAAAGGUACCUCGGCCAAACGCCUAAAGCCUGUUCCUAGCUAA